AAUUCGUUGCGAAGACCGCCUACGGCAUCUCGUACAGUAGCUACGAGGCCGUUUCUUUUCCAUCGGCGUCGCAAUGGAGCCAGCAAAGCUGCGGCAGUCUCAUCGCCAUUCGCCGCCGUGCGGGUCGAGCGGCGAGCCCAACUUUUAGCUCGGUGGCCAGCCGGAGGCGCGUGGCUCAGCCCCACUGUCAGUCGACCGGCGGAGACGGCGGAGUGCUGCUGCUGCUGCUGCUGCUGGCGCCGCGCACGCGCCGAACGGCGCACAGCAGCCGAGCUGUACCUACGCGGCGGCCGCUCGGCCAGCUCGCGCGGCCGCCCGCGCAGCCUGCGCCUGGCCGCGCGCCACAACCGCUCCUCUUCGAUCGCCAUCCCUCGGUUCUCGUCGCCUCAGUCGAGCUCGAGAGCCAGCGCCGCUUGCAACUCGCAGAGUCGCCGACGAACAUGUAGUGAUCGAGCGCCCGAUCAGUUGCCGCCUAUUGCCGCGUCAGUGCCGUUGGUGGCGGUGGCAUGAGCGUGCGCGCGCCGCGAUGAGUGCGAGGCGACGAGCGAGCGCCAGCAGCCGCAGGCGGGCCGCCACGUCGACAUGAGGGCCGUCCUACUGGUUUUGAGCCUGCUCCUGGCCGGUUCGAGCAGGUGUCGUAGCGACGACGAGGAGCAACAUCUGGAACACGACAUCGAGCCCUUGGAUAGGGGACCGGUUUUCGACAUCUUAGCCUCGCAUAACGUCACAGCUCUCGUCGGCACCACCGCCAGUCUCAGCUGCCGCGUUCUCAAUUUAGCAGACCGCACGGUAUCGUGGGUACGCCACAAAGACAUCCACUUACUGACCGUUGGCACGGCUACGUAUACAGCAGACGCUCGUUUCGUUGCGGUGCACUAUCCUCAAACACAAACAUGGACUUUGCAGGUGAAAUCGGCACAGAGGCGCGAUUCUGGAACGUACGAGUGUCAAGUCUCGACGACACCGCCCAUUGGACACUCAAUGCAUCUCUCGGUGGUUGAGCCAGUCACCGAAAUCUUAGGGGAUGCUGAUAUGUACAUAAACAGAGGCAGCACUAUGAAUCUGACUUGUGUUGUGUUGCAUAGUCCAGAACCACCUCCUGCCAUCAUCUGGACCCAUGAUCAGCAGGAAAUCAACUACGACAGUCCUCGGGGUGGGGUUUCGGUGAUAACGGAAAAAGGCGAGCAAACGACAUCGUACCUGCUGAUCCAGCGGGCCCAGCCAGCCGACAGUGGCAAAUACACCUGCCAUCCAAGCAACGCUAACACCAAAACUGUCACGGUCCAUGUGCUCAACGGUGAGCAUCCAGCGGCGAUGCAGCACGGCGGCCAACUGCGCCUCAGCAAUCCGCCGUUUGUCGUGAUACUGGCGACAUUUCUCGCUUUCCGACACUGAGCGCGGCUGCGAAUUCCGAUCGAACACCGUGCGUGGCUGCACUCGUCAUUUAAGCUCGCCGCGAUCGCCGGCAGUGUAACGUGUCUGUAUAUAUACCUAUACUUACGCUGACUUUACAACAGCUAUAUUUCUGAGAGCCUCUAUGGGCAGGCUAUACGUAAUCACACGGCAAACUUGUGCGACGGCGCGCAGCUAGAAGCCGUUUUUCUCACCGUUUCGAUCAUCCUCUUUCGCUUGUCGUCAUUCAAUCUAGACUAGCUUCUUGGUUCCUGCGACUUCAUUCGUUGGAUUACACGGUCAGAGUACCCAUGUCUAUAUCCGCCGGUCAGUUUCGAACAAUCUCCGAGCAAGGAAAGUGCAGUUGAAUUUGUUUGUCUCUUUUUUCAUCGCACGCGCAAGAUCCUCCUCGCUAGUAACGCUGGCAUCGAUUGCUUCUACUACGGGAGAGACGUCCUUCGUCUGUCUUUCUGUACCCUCCCUCCUCUCUUUUCCUCAACAGCAGCAUCUAAUGGAUCCUUCGAUCCAUGAAACUAACGACCCGCUUGUCAGUGCCGCUCCCUUGGCUCGCUUCCUUCCGUCACGCGCGUCUAUACAGAACUUGGCCAUCGUUAAAACUUGUCAAAGAGCUUUCUCCCCUCUUGUCCUAAUCUUCGUCUUGAUACUCGGGAAAUUCAAGUAGUCGUGCGUUUGUCAAUCUUGAGUGAGUUCAGUCGGCGUUAUAUUGCUGUCAGUUCAUUGCCGUAGAGUCGCUUUCGCUUUCUAGCUCGAAGCUAACCGCCAAGCCGGUCAUUUUUGCCAAACUGCUUUAGUACGUUUGCCCCAGUUAUACGAGUAUAUGUAUAGGCAUCGGUCUAGCGAGAAGAUAUAGGCACGGCGACUGACCGGUCUUCUCUUUCCUAUUGGCCUUAGCCACAGGAUUUCCCCGAUCCAACUUCCGGUCUCGCUUUAGCUUAUUUAUACACAUUUUGUUCUUUUCUGUGUAAGGGAUGCUCGCGCGGCGGCAGCAGCCAUCCCGUAAACCAAACGCUCUCGUGUACUUUUCUUAGCCUGCGGGCCUAACUACCGGCAAUAGCUGUUUCCUUCACCAUCCACUUUUAUUAUCUCGCCAACGAAAUGUAAGUUAACGGCGAUCGCUCUCAGAUAAUAGAUACCACUGAAUGAAGCACCAGCACUGUGCAACUUCAGUUGAAACAGUUGUUAGCCGUUCCGAUUACAUUUCCAAACAAUUUCACAACCAAAAAAAAUUUGCCCGUUGAUCGCCCACUCGACGCGAAGAAUUAUAUAUGUAGUACACGAAUAUUAUCAUCACAUCUUAUUCGAGGAAACUCAUGCACGUAUAUUGUUCAUUUUGUUCCAUAGUGAAUUUCAUGUAUGGACUAAAAAUCCAUCGUGUGGAAUAAAAAUUGCCUUUUAAUAUAUCUUUCUUGUUCGUUAGCCACAUAUUUGUGCUUAUUAUAUUUUCGGAUGUUAACAGCCUCCUCCUGGGGUUCAUCUAUUUUUGAUUUUUAAAAGAAUAUAACCACUGAACUGAUGAAAACUGCCUGUUCACAUGUUCAUUUCGAAUGUUCGGAUAGGGAUUUCGCCAAAUGUAAAUGUCCGGGCAGGACGCUCGUCAUUUUUUGCUUUUAGCAUUUUAUAAAGUUUAGACCGCCCAAUUAGAACUUUUGCCCACAAAAGUUGUCACAUAAAAAAAGAUUUGCCUGAUUUCCUAUGUUUUUUUCAACACUUUCAUGCAAAUAAAAAAAAGACAGUAUAAAUCCGAAUUCGUCAGAUUCUAAUUCUACAGGUUGGAAUUUUGACCUUCGCUAUUGCUUUAAGAACGCUCAAGUCUGUCGGCUUUGUUGUUUUAUUAGUUUUGAGUUUUUAUGUACUCUAUAAAGUGGGCCAGUGUAUAAAAACAAAAUUUUGAUACCUACUCCGCAGAUAUAAAAAUUUUCAAGAAAAUAUACCAAGACCUAUCUGUCGUCGUAUUACAUCCCGUGGAAUUCGAGUUUUAAUUCAAUAUGGGAUUAACCCUAUAAUUUUUUUUCUUUUUUUAUCGAUUUCUAAAUAAUCACGAUAAAUUACGUUUCUUUUUUUGACGAACAUUCGUUCUUCGAUGAACGGAAAAACGGGUUCGCGAGCAUCCCUGGUCAUAGGUCCAAUUUGUUUUUCGUUCAAGACCGAAUAGAACGAUAAAGCAAAUGGAUAAGCGCUUUGUUGUGAUUUUUCUUCCAAAAUCAUGCCGGAUUAAGGGAUUUUUCCACGGAACUGCUCACAUACGCAAAGGGAGGAGUUGCGCGCGCACUCUCGAAGCAGACGAAAAUCUAGCUCCCGCCCGCCUUGCCACUACAGCCGUCUGACCACAGACAAAUGCGCCCAUUUCUUCGUAUCCUACGUACAUCGUUAUUUUGCGAUUGUUAUUGGCAGAACAAUUCAAGUGUAAAUACAACGCCGUCACGAAUACACGUAAGCGCGUCCGAUGGACGAUUUUUGUAUGAUCGUCAUACGUGCAGGCCAUAUCACGAUCUAUCUCCCCUUCGCCUGCUUUUUUCUCCCUACUCUCAGAUUCGAGAUAUAUAUCAAGCUUAAGCAAGUGCAUCCACGCAGUUUUCAUAAUGAAAAACCACAACUUCCCUUAAGCAGCGUUCUCUCUUGCGCAGAUCUCGUUUGAAUACCCGUGCGCCGUGCGACUCGAUCGCCCCGAUUUCAUACAUCGUUUAUUCCCUUUAGGCUGCAUUCACGGUGGAAGCUUUGUUCCUCUCGUCUUGUCUUAAUCUAUUUGUAGCUACUAGCGUUGCCAUUGUCUAUUCACGUUUGGUUAGAAUCGUUGAAACUUGACUUAGCUUGGUGGAUCUGCAGUCCACUUGUAAAUCUUUUCUUCCUCAUCGAAACGUUCUCUCGCAAUUUUAUACCUGAUUAUUAUUUGGUCGUUUUCUUUGCACCCACGCUUAAUGUCAUUGUUUACUGUCGGUGCAGAGAAUCCUUAUGGACCCAAACCGAAUAUUAAAUCAACAGAAAUAACGUGUUUUACAACAAACAUUUAUUUCAACAGACUCAUCCAUGCACUCACAAGUGAACCAUUUGUAAAUAUAGACAUGUACGAUAAGCAGUGUUGAGCUCGAAUGGGAAAAUAAGCAGCAGAUAUGAACAAGCAAGAACCACAAUAGGACAUAAUUGCCGCGUAAUUUUGACAUUUACCGAAAAUGUUAGCAACGUAUGGGAUAUGGGACCCGUACUGAAACACUCUCGAUAUUGUGCUAUGAAGUAAAUGAAGAAACUAAAAUAAUGAAAGAAGGUACAACGAAUACUUGGUGCCAACAGAGCGGCCCAGUACAUCGGAGACGAGAGAAAGGCGGUGUUUCAUUCAGGUGCGCGCGUUCCCAGAGAAUAUUGUCGAGUGUUACUGUGUGCGUGCGAGCGUGCGUGCGUGCGUGUGAAAAUGCCUGAUCAACAUUGAGGAGCGUUGACAAAUUUUUAUCAUAAUUGUAUCGAUAAUUUAGCUCUCGCACAAAUGUGUAUUUAAUAAUAGAUAACCGAAUAAAUGAUAUGCGGUUCCGAUGUACGACUAAUCAUUUACAACUAAUACUGAAAAUGACCAACCAAUUUGCACAGCUCUCCUACAUACGUAUACCUGCCGGCGCAUCACAAAGCAAAUAUACCGCACGGAUUGCCACUGUAGUACUCUAUAACAUUUGUUUCUUUCCAGGGAACGAACGACAUUUCAUAGCAUGCUUUACGACAUACGCACACACACACAUGUACACAUCCACAUGGGCGUAUGCGCGGACAACGAUAAAUGCUCACCGAUGUAUACUUUUAUUGUUAAUUUAUUCUUAUCAUUGUUGCAACUACAAUGUGAACAAAUGCAAUUAAUAAAGGACAAGUAAACAAGAGGCUACUUAAGUG